GGAAAAAGUGAAACGUCAUCAUUCUGCGUGUUAAUCGCGUUGAUAUGUUGGUCCUAUAACGUUACUUUUUGUUCUAUUUUAGUAACGUUUGCUGGAAAAGUGCAGUAGAUAAUGUGCGAAGGUCCCUCUUUGAUAUCUGGACCCAUCCCCCCGGACCCCUCUCUUUUCCCCGAAUAUUAUAGACGACCCGCCUCUGCAAGAGGACGUUUGGAGGGGAACCAUGAGGUGACAUCAGCCCUGCUGUCUGGUCCCCUAGCCCCAGACCCAUCCCUUUACCCAGGGAGCUACAGCGCUCGCGCCCCCUUGCCCCUGCGAAUUGGUGCCAAUGCCACCCACAUACUGGAGAGGGGCCAGAGAGGGGUGGUGGGGUCAUUACUGAAGCUGGAGGGAGUCUCAAUCAAUCCCAGCCCCCCAAAACUCAAGCAGCAGACUCGAGAUUAUGGCAAGGAGAAUGUGCGGAGGCUUCGGGAGAUCCAGAAGCGCUGCCGAGAGCAGGAGGCAGAGAGGGAGCGCUCCCGCCCUGUCCCUGUCAAAGCUCUCUGGACCUCCCCAAAAUACCAAGACGUACCGUCUAAGGUGAUGGCCCAGCUGCAGGAGACCAGCCCUCCAAAGAGACCAGAAUGCCAGAAUUUUUUGAAAGCACAUUCCCACUGUGGCUCUGCGGGCUUACCCCGCCCAAACAGUAGCCCUGCCCCUUCUAUCAAGUCCCGUGGGGGCUCCCACCCUGAGAUGCAGUUGCAAGGCAGGACUGUGGACUUUGUGAGCUACAACGCACGGGCUGCUAGCAAGACUACUUUGCGCCGUGCCCAGUCCCUGCAGAGCCUGGCGAACAAGCAGCCACCACCCAGCAGCUCGCAGAAGGGUCGCGUGCCACAGUAUUUGGAGGAGAGGAAACAACAGUGGCGCCGUGAGGAGGAGGAGAGGAGGAAGAACAUGCCCGACCCUUCCGUCCCGGCAGGACACACCCUGAUGCCAGAACAAGAGAGACAGGAGACACUGCAGUCACUUAAAGACACCCAGCGGUCCUUGGUGAAGGAGCUGCUCUCUCUGCCCAUGAGGAUGGACACACUGAGCAUGCAGACCCGCCGCACCGAACUGGACCGUAAACUGUCAGAGGUGGAGGAAGCCAUCAAGAUCUUCUCCCGGGACAAAGUCUUUGUCAAGGCCGAUUCCUAAUAACCAUGGUUCAGGGAGGGAGUUGUGUGACCCCAUAGGGCAGCUGAAACUAGGACAACUGGUUUAAUAACUGAAAUUGAGGCUUUUCUUUUACUAAACACUUGCAGAAUUAACUUACUGUUCUCCUCUAA